AUGCGUUACUUUCAUAUUGUAAAUACCAUUAAACAGUUAUCAUGUGUACUAUGGCUGGCAUUAAUCACCCGACGGGCGGCCGGUGGCCAACACUCAGCGCCCGGUAAGGCGUGGGCCGGCUUUGAAUACAUACCGCAAUACGAUCGCCGACCGCAUAGCCAACCGCUGGCCACUAGUGACCGAUCGUUUGGCGGACGCCGUUAUCGGGAUCGCGACGCCGAAGACCUGUACCGCGAGUACAAGCACUCGAUAUACGUGAGCCGGUGGUACAACGCGUCGUUCGUGUGUCAGAUACCGUUCUUCACGCUUACGUUACCGCAGAGGAAUAAUAUGGGUUCCGUGGCGGCGGCCAACGCCGGCCAGAAUAUUGCCUAUCCCUUCAUUCACGCUCUGUUCGCGUUGGCCGGCGUCGCCCUAUUCUCGCCGUUGAUAUUUCCCGAACACCGGCGCCGAUCGACCGCCACAUCCGGCCUCCUGUCGGCCGUACCCGACGUCGAGUCCAUCAACCGAUUCCUCGACCGCCAGAUGCGGCUAAUGUCGGACUCGCCGGCCAUCGGGCGCCAAAUGCGUUCGGCAGAGCGCCGGUCGAUGUUCUACUUCUUGGGCCAACACUUACGCGUGGCGUUCGAGUCGGUGCUCAACACGAUUGACCACUGGACCGAUCGGUUGCCUCCCUAUCCGCGCCAUAAACUGCAACACUGUUUUCGUCUGUCGGUGUGUCGUAUGUAUAGCCGGCCCGAGAAGUACAGAGUGGUGGGCCUUCUGUUCCGGUCGGUGUUCCCCUACGACCGCGAUCUCGACAACAGCGAGUCGUCGGUGAUGUCCGGCUAUCGGACGGCCGCAGCCUUUGGCCGCAAUCGCACCAACGAUUGCUUCCGGCGGUACGACAGCUGUUCGGUGAGUGUGUGGGAUGUGUUGCGCGAGGGGUCCGUGUUUUUGGUCAACAGAUCCGCCGAUAAACUGUCCGCAACUCAACGCAAAGUAUUGCUGUUUGCCGUCAAUCAUGUGUUGAGUUAUUUUGAGUGA